AUGGCGCAAAUACAGUGUGAUGAGGCACAAAACAAGCACCAGCAAAAGCAUGGCCUUCUUUACUCAAAGGAGGAAUCUGCAAUUAGCGCACUUUGCUUGGCAAUGCAAGUAGACCGUGGCCGUUUGGCCUACGAUGAUUUGGUGGUGAAGCACUGGCCUGAAUAUGGACAAAACGGCAAGCAGACAACCGCCGUUGAACGCCUCCUAACUCAUCAGGUUAACCAGGCCAUUCAGUUCUAA